UGCUGCUCCGCGCCGCGCGGGAGGGGCGGCUGCGGCUGGAGGUGCGCUCCUGACAACCCGAAAGUCAUUUCCAACCUCAAGUGGACUUUGUUCCAACUAUUGGGGGCGUCGCUCCCCCUCUUCAUGGUCGCUGGCAAACUUCCUCCUCGGCGCCGCUUCUAAUGGAGCCCCACCUGCUCGGGCUGCUCCUCGGCCUCCUGAUCGGUGGCACCAGGGUCCUCGCCGGCUACCCAAUUUGGUGGUCCCUGGCCCUGGGCCAGCAGUACACAUCUCUGGGCUCACAGCCCCUGCUCUGUGGCUCCAUCCCAGGCCUGGUCCCCAAGCAACUGCGCUUCUGCCGAAAUUAUAUCGAGAUCAUGCCAAGUGUGGCUGAGGGUGUGAAGCUGGGCAUCCAGGAGUGCCAGCACCAGUUCCGGGGCCGUCGCUGGAACUGCACUACCAUAGACGACAGCCUGGCCAUCUUUGGGCCAGUCCUAGACAAAGCCACGCGUGAGUCGGCCUUUGUGCAUGCCAUUGCUUCCGCUGGCGUGGCCUUUGCAGUCACCCGCUCCUGUGCCGAGGGCACCUCUACCAUCUGUGGCUGUGACUCACAUCAUAAGGGACCACCUGGUGAAGGCUGGAAGUGGGGGGGCUGCAGCGAGGAUGCUGACUUCGGGGUGCUCGUGUCCCGGGAGUUUGCUGAUGCCCGAGAGAACCGACCAGAUGCUCGCUCAGCCAUGAACAAACACAACAACGAGGCAGGCCGCACGACUAUCUUGGACCACAUGCACCUCAAGUGUAAGUGCCACGGACUGUCGGGAAGCUGUGAGGUGAAGACCUGCUGGUGGGCCCAGCCUGACUUCCGUGCCAUCGGGGACUUCCUCAAAGACAAGUAUGACAGUGCCUCGGAGAUGGUGGUGGAGAAGCACCGUGAGUCCCGCGGCUGGGUGGAGACUCUGCGGGCCAAGUAUGCACUCUUCAAGCCGCCCACUGAGAGGGACUUGGUCUACUAUGAGAACUCCCCCAACUUUUGUGAGCCCAACCCAGAGACAGGGUCCUUUGGCACCAGGGAUCGGACUUGCAAUGUCACCUCGCACGGCAUCGACGGCUGUGAUUUGCUCUGCUGUGGCCGUGGCCACAACACGAGGACGGAGAAGCGGAAGGAGAAGUGCCACUGCAUCUUCCACUGGUGCUGCUACGUCAGCUGCCAGGAGUGCAUCCGCAUCUAUGACGUGCACACCUGCAAAUAGGGAGCCAGGGCACUGGGAAGGGGUAAAGUGUGCGGCUGGGCGGAUUCACCGAAGUCCCACGGGAAGCAGGACCUAGAGCCAAGCCAGCCCUCAGUGUCUGCCAGCAAGGAGCACAGACUUGCCAGCUGCACGCGGUAAACGACAUGGACCCAGCCAGCCUGCGGCAGGAGGCUCCUCCCUCUCUCAUCUUACGUUUCUCACCCUGCUCUGGUUGGUGUGUGGCUUUUACAGAGAGGCUUUCUUUAGUUCUCUAGGGUCUGCUAGCAGCAGACCCAAGGCUUACCUUUGCACAUACUAAAUAAAAAAAAAAAAAUCUGCUCCAACAGAACAGGCUGGGCUAAUGUGAGCUCUCGGCCCGGUGGUAAACAUGAGCAUGGGCAAAAUUCUGUCUCCAAGCUGCUUCUCAUGGUGACAUGCUGGAUGCCUGUGAGGUGGGAACUGGGAAGUAGGACAAACCUCUGCAGUCUCCUUUUCUUAGUCUACUGCCAUUCAAACCGGAUAUACUUUGCCAUUCUGAUAAAAGCCAUAGGUGUAGCUGGGAUGAAGUGUUGGGGAGGUCCCCAGCAGUCCUUCAAGGCAGAUUUCAGUUUUGAAGAAAGAGUUCUGGGUGGCUGAAGAGCAGCUGGCUUCUCAGCCUCAUUUUCUAUAUAAACUUGUUCUGCAGAGAGGCAGUGAGAUGUCAGUUUUUUCCCAUCAUCCUGCAGUAAUUUUCUUGCAGUGGACGUUGUAAAUAGAAAGGUUAUGGAUGGAGCAAGUCUCCAGCUCAAAUGGCUUCGUACAGAAACAAGCAGUUUCUCUGGAAGGAGCUGUUCAAUCUUCCCAGCCCUCCUCACCUGCAGAUUCUCCAUAAAAGCAGCCCCAGAUAGAGCAGUUGGACUCUAGAUCACCUUAGUGUAAAAUUAGACAAGAGCAGAACUCUGUACUGCAAUUCCACUUUUGUGACUAGCAAAUGGAGAAGUGAAGUUUCACUCUCCAGUAAAGCUGGGUCUUCCUGCAUUCUUUCUCCUCUUUGGUCUGUAUGAGUAAACAGAAAUGCAGAGUUCUCCCACAAAGCUCUUUCCCCUCACCUGCAUGUGAGAUAGCAUCAGUCUCUGCAGUUACCAAGGAUCUGGAUUAGGUGUUCAAAGAGAGCAAGCAGUCACUUGUUCCUGGGUAAAGCAUCUCCCAGCUGAGUUCUCCUUGAUGUACACUGGUCCUGCUGAGUGUCCUGGAGGAAGGUAGGCAGAUGGAUUGGAUUUGACAGACUGGAUCCAACAGCUCUGUCUCAUGGAGAAUCAGAAAAAAGAGAUGCAACAGGGGAACAGUAAACAAAGAUCUAACUUUUCUUCCUUCUGUGUGGGGUCUACCUAACCAUGACCCAAGAUACUGGGUCAGCAGUCUCUGGGUUUUACAGGCAGGCUUGCCAAGACGGUCAUCCAGGAGGCUCUCUUGACCCUGAUGGCCAGAAGUCCUGCUAAUGAUAAACAUCCCUGUCCCUCCACAGAGUCUGAAAUGUCCUUCCCGUGUCACCAUAGACUGAAGUUUUAAAUCGUAUCAACUGGAUAAUGCUUGCUUUAUGUGAGAAUACUUCAGCAGAAUGGAUACAAAUUUUUAAGUCUUUUCAUAUCUAUGUAUUCUAUAUUAAAGUGAUAAAGUCAUGUUUCUGGGGCGUAUUCAAGUAGCUGACAAGUAAUUAUUUAAUAAUAGUACAUGAGUGCAUUGUAAUUAUUCUUGCCACCAUAGUCAGGUAAUAGUAUCCAAUGGAAAUUUCCUAUCAACCUGCUGUAUCCAAAGUUUUGUAAAAAGUUGUAGAAGUUGUGAUCUUUUUGAUUUUAUAUUCAAAAAGUCUUUUUAUAAAUAUUAUUUAUUAUACAAUGUAUAUACCUUUGAGUUAACUAAGAUUAUAUAUUAUAUAAAUAUAUAUAUAUUUGGAGAAAAUAUAUUUCAUCAUGCAGUUUUUUCUGUUAAAAGUCAUUAAAGAGAAGGUAAAAAACCUUAAAA